AGUUCUGCCUCUGUAGUCGACCAAGUUCGUGAUGUCAUCAGACAUUCGACAGAGGAAAAAAUAGUCGGAUCGGCGUUCGGCAGUGUAAACUUUUAGCAGAACUAACCAAAAAACUUUCCGAAAAUGCUGAUCAAAGUCAAGACACUGACAGGGAAAGAGAUCGAAAUUGAUAUCGAACCCACAGACAAAGUUGAGAGGAUCAAGGAAAGAGUGGAGGAGAAGGAAGGCAUUCCUCCACCUCAACAGAGAUUAAUCUUUUCAGGGAAACAAAUGAAUGAUGAAAAGACCGCUCAGGAUUACAAAGUUCAAGGCGGUUCUGUCCUCCACUUGGUGCUUGCGUUGAGAGGUGGUAUUUAGUAUGAAAAAAUUAAAUAUGCCAUUCUGGUCUUACAAUUUUCUUCUUCAACCACCUGCAUCUACUGCGAGCAGAUGAAAACCAGAGAGAACGAGUCAAGAAUCGUUCAGAAUACUUCAGCAGACAUUCACUACGUUAUACUUUCGACUUACAUUAAUUGAGAUGAAUACCUUUGUAACUUAACUUCAAAUAUGGAUUAAAUUGUUUAAUUAAAGAUAA